AUGUUUGACUUAGAAAAAGGAUGUCUAUCAAAGUAUUCAAUAGAAAAAGUAAUAGGAAAUGGUAGCUUCGGAAGUGUGUUUUUGGCUAAUGACAAAUCUACAAAUAAGAAAGUUGCACUCAAAAUCUGUCCUUCCUGGUCAGAUGGAGUUACAAAUUACUUGUAUAAUGAAAUGCUGAUCCUAUCGCUAAUUGACAGUCCAUAUUUUCCUAAGUUUUACCACUCCGAUGACCAUGGAUCUUUCUUUAUAAUUGCCUUAGAAUAUUGCCCAGGAAAAACCUUGCUUCAGUAUUUAGAACAGAACGGAUGUCUAAAAGAACAGACGAUACUGAUGAUUUUCAAGCAAAUGCUAGAUGCAAUAUCAUAUCUCCAUCACCACAAGAUUGUCCACAGGGAUAUCAAGCUUGAAAACAUUGUAAUUGCUGAUGAUAUGAACAUUAAGCUGUGUGACUUUGGCUUUUCUACAUUUGUUAAGCAAAAUCAGCAGCUGACCGACUUUUGCGGAUCAAUACAGUACUGCUCGCCCGAGAUGAUAAACCAGCAGGCAUAUGAUGGAGAAUCCAAUGAUGUUUGGACACUUGGGGUAUGCGUUCUAAAGAUGUGUCUGGGUCUAAAAAGCUUCGAUGAGGUUUCAGGCGGAAAGCCAAUUACAGGAUACUAUUCAAUAUUCAAUAGCUAUAUUGAGAGCACAAGCAUAAAGAGUGUCCUAAAAGGAAUCUUUAUACAAGAGCAAGAGAAAAGAAUAACACUAAGGAAUAUUUACAAAAUUUUAAACCUAGAAGAGCCCAUGUUUAAUGAUAUCCACAUCAAGUUCUUUGAUCCAAUUAUUAUAGAAAAGAUGAAAACAAUGAACUACACCACUAGAAACAUUUACGACACCGUCCAGGAUGGGAAUGAGCCAGAAUACUACAUUUACAGAUUGAUUCUAAACCGACUAUACUUAAAACAAGAGCAUAAAGCUAGUGUGUGGCUGCAGACUAAAGACAUCUUGUCAGUGAUAGCAGAUGGGCUGAAGUAUGAACGAAGUUUAUUUUGCUGUUACCAAAAAACAUAUUAUGAGCUGAUAUUUAAUUCCGAAGUAUCUGCCGAGACGUUUUUUAAGCCGUUGCCGCUGGACUAUACAAUCUACAGCUUGAAGCCUAAUAGAAAAAUUGUCCAAUUUCCCAAUAAAAUACUAAUUGUCGAGUUUACAGUUAAAAAAAGCAAGGGCACAGCGCAAGUUGUCAGGCUUGUUUUGGUAUGUGGCGAGGUUCAUGAUUUUUGCCAAACAUUGGUAAGUAUAAUUGCAGAAUAUACAAAAAUGUUGUAUAGUACGGAUAGCAAGGAGUGA